AUGAGCACAAGACAUACCGGAACUGGAGGGGCUUCGUCGAGUAGCAGGCGGACACCGGCCGCCGCACCUCCUCCUAGCCACGUUAGUGGCAGAACCACGCCCGCGGCCCCGGUAUCCCGAAGACCGCGGGCCUCGUCUACCGCAGGCGCGUCGUCGUCAUCGGUGGCCCCUCCCGGACCGAAGCCUCUCUUUGGGCUCGAAAUCGAAAUUUUUGUCAAGCUUCGUCCUGAACUCGAACGGGCUAUCAUUCAACGGCGCCGAGAGGGGCAUCAGCUCGACGAGGAGCAUUGGCGGAACUGGGACUUUACGCUAAGCAACGGCACGGGCAAUCAGCUCCAGAAGGAGAAGCAACGGGAAUGCGUUGGGCAGGCUAUCGAGGCUUUGAUCGAAACUGCCUUGGGUCCGAGCCACGGCUGGUCGUGCGAGGCCGACGCGAGCUUGAAAGAAUACAAACUGACACAGCCCCCUGAGCCGCUCAAGUGGUGGGGAAUCGAGAUCAUCUCUCCGCCCAUGUCGGCGGGGCGGCAGUGGCGGCAAGAGAUUCACCAAGUCUUUGCCGCCGUUGCCGAGGAGUUCGAGCUCUGGACCAACUCUUUCUGCGCUUGCCAUGUUCACGUUUCUCCAGGUCCCCUCAAGGCGAGCAAGUACACCUAUGAUCAGCUCAUCCAGAUUGGAUGUGCCAGUUACUUCUGGGAAGAUGCGCUUAAGACGAUCCUCCCAGAGGAGCGCAAGAACAACAGAUACGCCGAGGCUAACCACACGACGUUUGCUACCGCCGAGUACAAUGGUGUUCCGCACUACGGUUGGGGACCCGUUUUCCAGUCCAUCAGGAAUGCGGCGACAUCGGGUAAACAAUGGGCAGCACGAUUAGAUGUAUCCGCGGAGGAGAGAGCCGAGUACUCGUUAACCAUGUUUGCCUGUCUAAUGGCGGGAGCAAAAGUCACGGACCACGACCCGACCGAUACUGCUACCAGAUAUCUGUCGAGCAACUUCCUUCCGCUCCCCCGACUGGGAACGGUUGAACUCCGUCGCCAGGCUGGAGUCGCCUCAGCCCAGAGCGCCAUCUACCGGGCCCUUCUUGCCCUGUCUCUGCACGUCAGCGCCCUCCGGUACGACUUCGGAGCGGCCGCUUCGAGGCGGGACCGUCCCUCCCAGGCAGAGUUCUUCAAGGAGCUCGCUGGUUCUGUCAAGCUGCUGCCCCCCCAAUGCCACGGCGACCGCUUCUUGAAAUGGCUCAAGGACUGCGCGGCGGAUUAUGCACCCGGCGAGAGGGGCUUCACCGAGAAGGAGGUCAACCAGCGUGAGCAUGCUUUCCACGCUCAAGACAUGCCCCUCCCGCCUCCGCCCCCAGCUCCUACCGGACGGCGGCGCGAGGUAUCAAGCGCUCGUCCGCCUGCACCUACGCAAGCAGCAACGCCGUCCCGCAAUCCUCGCGUGGUCCCCACGCCAUCUCGGCAGCCUACCAUGGCGCCGGCGCAACCACCGCGCCAGUCACGCGGAGUAAGUUUUCCUAUCCACCCCUAG